ACCUCCACCCAGCCAACGCGACGAGGAAAAAGAAGGUACAAAAAAAGGCGAGAAAAUCAUCGUCCACUUCGUCUGUCGGACGACGCGCCGGUGUCGGCUGUAAAUAUCUUUCGUUCGUCGAGGUUUCUCUGGAUUCGGUUCCUCUCCUGGGUUCGGCUUUUUCAUGAAUUCCUAGGCGGGAUUCGAUUUUGAAGCUUGAUGAUCUAUGGGACAAUAAUGGAGGCUCGCCCGAUUCAGAGGUCUGGUCCGAAACAGCUCGGUGACAUUUCACGCACAUCCUCGAUACCAUCUGGACCGAACCCUUCAGAAGAGAUUUACUCGAAAUCUGAAAACACUCAAAGGGUAUCACCAGAACAAGAUUUUAUGGCAAUGCCUUUGGGGCAAACUUAUCGUUUGCUUUCUGCAAAUGGUGGAGCAGUUGGCCAUAUAUUUUCUUCGUCAUCGGGUUAUUCAAGUGAUCUCCAUCAUUCGUCUUUGACAUCACACGAGAAACUUGCAGGAAACAGCAAUGGGCCUCUCGUUUCUCAGACAUCGAGUAACAACAGUUCUUGGUGCCCAGAUUCAGUCCAAGGGUUUCUUGAUUUUCCCGCUAACUCACCUAUUCAGAACAGCCAAUUGGAGAGCAGUAGCAUCAUGGUAUCUGAUGACAUUAACAAACGAAGCGACUGGCCAGAGUGGGCUGACAACUUGAUCACGGACGAUGAUGCUCUAAUGUCUACUGACUGGAAUGACCUUCUGGUUGACACCAGUUCCAAUUCAGAUUCAAAGAAAUUGUCUACCCAACUUCAGAUCCAGCAAACCCAGGUUGUUCAGAAGAACCCUUCUCCAUCUGUGGAACUUCGACCUGUGGUUAGCACAGCAUCCUCAAACAGCAACAACAACAACAGUAACAACAACAACAAUAACAGUAAUGCAUCGUCUAAGCCACGCAUGCGUUGGACACCAGAACUUCACGAGGCUUUUGUUGAGGCUGUCAACCAGCUUGGUGGCAGUGAAAGAGCUACGCCUAAGGGUGUGCUGAAACUUAUGAAAGUCCAAGGCUUGACUAUAUAUCACGUGAAAAGCCAUCUGCAGAAAUAUAGGACUGCACGAUAUAGGCCAGAAGAACCAUCAGAAGGUUCUUCUGAGAAGAAGUUGACACCUCUUGAACAGAUUUCAUCUCUUGAUUUCAAAACUGGCAUUGAUAUAACUGAGGCUCUGAGACUUCAGAUGGAUGUUCAGAAGCGGCUCCACGAACAGCUUGAGAUUCAAAGAAACCUGCAGCUCCAGAUAGAAGAACAGGGGAAGUACUUGCAGAAGAUGUUUGAGAAACAAAAAUCGUGUCUUGGGAUGUUGAAGGGCUCAUCAUCAUCGCCCAAUCCAGAGAACAUCACACCAGAUUCUCCCACCAUAUCUGAACACACAACCGAUACAGAGAAAACUCCUGAAGCUUCAGAAAAGAGAAAAGAACGCGAAACAGAUGGCACGGGAUCACCACAGCCAAAGCGUCCUAGAAACCAUGAAUGAACAGAAACUCUCUAUGAUAUAAAGAAAAGGGGCUGCGAGUUUUUAACAGACAGAGAUGGAGCUUCUCUCCUCAGUUGUGAACAAUUCUUCUGAUGGAAAACCCUCAGGUGUUGUGCAGAGAACGUCAAGUAGUAAAAUAAGAACAAUAUUGAGAAAGUUCUUCAUCUCUGGAUGUAAUCUCAAUGCUAUACUUCUCUCUAGUUUAUGGAGAUGUAGAUUCUAAAUUUUGGCUUUGAUUUGUAACGUUUUUCUCCUUGGAAAUUUUCUCUAGUUUACAUUUAUCUGAACA